AUGAGUGAUCAGAUUCUGCAAGAAUACGGGGAAUUUCACAGUACUCACAGGGAGCAGGGACCGGAACAGGCAUUGGCAUUGGCACGGGCAUUGGCAUCGGCAUUGGCAUCGGCACCGGCCUUGGAACCGGGCAUGGUACUGGGCAUGGCAUUGGACAUGGCACUGGACAUGGUACUGGACAACCGACAGGAGGCUGGAAAUGGAAAGAUUCGUUGUGUUAAAGGCAAAAAGAUUCUGCCACUGCAUGAUGAUGUGUGA